GACAGUAAACAAAAUGGGUUCCAACAAGAUGUUCAAGGUUACUCCAACCAAGUCUCGGAAGACCCACCGUCACCACAAUCGCUGCUGCCACCGUUUACGCCGCCAUAGGAGGACUUCUCCUCCUCGCUGCUCCCCUGCCGCCAAUGCAGCUACCGCCGCCAUUUUUGACGCGCUCAACAAGUCCAUCUUCACCUGUCAACGUCGCCUUCUCCGUCUUUUCUCCAAACUAGCUCGUAUCGCAACCCCUGGCAGCAACCGCCCAACCAAAGGCUUCACCAUUUUGAAAAACCGAUUUCCUGACCCGGAACCCGAACCCAAACCCAAACCCAGACCCGUAUCCAGCUUCAUCGCGCCCCGAGCACUCUCUUUUGACGGGGACGACGACGCUGUUGCAGUACCCAAAGAGGAUAAGAAGAAGAAGAAGACGAUCUUCUUGGAUCUGGACGAGACGUUGGUGCAUUCGACUCUGCAGCCGCCGCCAGUGAGGUUCGAUUUCGUGGUGAGGCCGAGGAUCGACGGGGAAGAGUUGACAUUUUUUGUGGUGAAGCGGCCGGGGGUCGACGAGUUCCUGGAGCGGAUUGCAGAGCGUUACGAGGUGGUGGUGUUCACUGCGGGCCUGAGGGAAUACGCAUCGCUGGUGCUGGACAGGCUGGAUCGGAAACGGAUAGUUUCCCACCGGUUCUACCGGGAUUCAUGUAAGCAGAUGGACGGGAGGUUCGUGAAGGACCUGUCGACGACGGGGAGAGACCUGGGAAGCGUGGUGAUUGUAGAUGACAAUCCGAACGCCUACUUCUUGCAGCCGGAGAACGCGGUGCCGAUCAGUCCGUUCAUCGACGAUCUAAAAGACAGGGAGUUGAAAAAACUGGUGGAGUUCUUUGAAGGGUGCGAGGGGGUUGAUGAUAUUAGGGUGGCCAUCAAGAAAUUUCUUGGUAAGAACUAAUACAGAUAUGUUCUGAAAGAUUUCCAUUUUGGUUUUGGCAUGGGGUUUUGGAUCUUUUGUUUUUUGUAGGUUUCUGAUUUUUUGCGUUGAACAAACAAUUGGGUUUGUUCAAUGUUGGAUAAUUGUCUGUAUGAUCAAUAUAAAAAUUGUAUCUGUCUGUACCUGUUUUAUUUAGCAGUGAUCUAUGGUUUAUUGGAUUA